UAAAAAGUGGAGUCUGAGGGUUUGACUAGCCUGCAUCUCUGUGAUGACCCUUCUGUAUCAGUGAGAAUUUCUUUGUGGAGUGAGCUGGGAACAUCGUCUAGAAAAUCUCAAAUUUCGGGAUGGAGACAGACGAGGAGGCUCAAAGAAAAACGUCAGCAUGUGAACUGGAAUGCGGUCAGCCUAAUGGGCAAGGAAAACGUAGGGCCUUUUUCCACGUCACACGUGCCAGUGCGGAACGAAAGACAAUUGAACAUCCGGUUGUACAAAAUGAGCCCUUGGAUAGACGUUCCUUCUCGACUCCACAAAACCUUGCAAAAUUAGAGGAUCUCUCUGCUACCCAACCGCCAGAUUCACCACAUGGAAACAAAAAGUCGAAAAAGAAGCAUUUUUCGCUUCGAAAAAUCUUCAAAAAAGAUCGAAGUCCAUCUGAUGCCGAACAAGACGAGAUGAGGAGACAAGAAAGAGAGGCCUUAGAAGAAAGACAGCGUCGAACCGAACUUGAAUUUGCACACAGGUUGAUGACCAAACCGGAAGAGAUGGCCAGCGAUUUGUGUCGGGUGGAAUCUGAACCUGACCUCGUUCAAACAAUUUGUGCUCCAAAUGUCUUCAACAAGGACGCAAUUAAAUUGGACAAGAAACUCUAUCAGAUCGAUGUGGCAAAUGCGCGUAUAUCCACCCUCAGUCGUCUUUCAGGCACUGCCAUACUUGUGAAGGACUAUCAAGCUCUUGAAUUUCUUGAAAAAAUAACGCAACGCAUUCGAAAACAAAAUGUGACUUUGUUCAAGGAGGCAGACAAGUACUUGACACAGUUCAAACGUGACCCAAACUUGUUAUUGAAUGACCCGAAGGAGAAAAACAAAGCAUUUGGCUUGGAAAGUCCACAAUCUCCCUUGUCUGAUAAGAUCAUGUUCGUCAUAUCGGACGAUGAUGAUCAAGACAGUGAGAACCUUCGAUGGGAGCUGAACAGUUUAUCCUUCAGCACAGAUAACAGUUCCACAGAAAGUGAUGACGAAGGUCCGACUCCGGAGCAAGUGGAACAUUUGGCCCAUGAAAUUCGCAAAGCUGAGGGGACGCGUUUCAAAAAGAAAUUGAAGCACUCGUUUCGCUCGAAGCAUUCACACGAGGACAACAAGACAGCCCAAAUGCCACCACCCCCGAACCCAUUGGGUCAUUCCAAGCGUGCUCUGCUUCGUUCGCAUUCCACCGUUCCAAACGGGCUUUGUGAACAGGGCAGCAUGAUGUCUUCGUCCUCUUCCUCAAUACUGGGUGAUUUGGAUGCAGAAGACAGAGAGUCGGUCGAUUCCAGGCGUCGAGUCCACAAGUCUUCCCACGCCUCCAACCUUCCAUUCAACCUAUUGAGUCUCACAGGUCAGCUAUCUUGGUUGGUCUCUGAGUAUAUUGAACGAGACACAUCCACCUAUAAGUGGGCAACUGAACUGAUCCACAAAAUCAGUACAAUGUCUGUGAACCGCGCUACCUGGCUAAACGUACAUCAGCAGUUAAGAGAGACCACAGAACUUCUCUACAAGCAUCGGGAUAAACAUAAUGCAUCGAUCAAAUCCAAGACGGCCAAGGGUGAAAUCGCCUGGAAUCGUUUACAGCUUACCUAUGAGACAGUCGCCUCUAAUGACGGUGAUAACGCAACAGUUACAGCAGAAACAGCAAGGAAGCUAUUCGCCAACGGUAUGGCUACUUGUUGCCAAAAUUCUUCACAUCAACACCUUGUACAUUUGGCCAGGUUUCUCGAGAAGAAAUUUCAUCUGGCAUAUGUUUGUGAUUUGAUAUUGUGGAAAGCCCAAAAGCUAUUAUAUGCCACAAGAUCGGUUGCCUCGGCAGACACAGCCAAAUACCAACUGACCGACUUUCGUAUUCGUCAUAUGCAGCUACGAUUGGACCAGGCGAACAUUCAGAAUUGGUCCAAUGAACUUACCGAUUGGAUGACAUGUUGGAUAGACGAAGUAAUCAACUCACAGUCGCAUGUGAAGAAUCAGUACGAGGACAACUUUUGUCUGGAUGAAUUGCGUACAAUGCAAUCCUCAGUCAAACGAUUUCACACACUUGUCCAACACUUACGAGAUUCCGAAUUCAUGUCGGACAUAUUCCUUGAUCUGAGUUCUCCUGACCCUGACUCGGCACGAACGAAAACGGACCCACUGGAAGCCCAUCAACAUCACCCUCAUUAUCACCCACAUUUACAUCAUCAUGGGGAGGGCGGACAUCAACAAGAUCUACGCCCGAUGGAAGCAGACAGAUGUUCCCACACCUAUGCAGCCUUGGUACGACAAAUUCAUGAACACGCCAUGUCAAACCGACCACUGAGCUAUUUUGCCGAGCGAGCGCUGUACGAUAUGGCUGUCGAGUUGGACUGCCCCAUUGAUUGGAAGGAACGUUUGACGACACUGUUGGAUGAGCUUACUGAAGCUUAUAAAGGCUGGAAAUUGCUGUUACAGUCCAAACUGAAUUCUGAUUAUUAUAACUACUUUUUCGAACCUCACCGUACGGAAAAAUAGAUGUUUCAUUUUUGUGAUAAACUUCACCAUCAUCCCCGUCGCCAAGUUAUAACCUUCGUUAGUUGAUUUCCAAUAUCGCGAAUGGCUGUACUGUCACACUUGUAAGUAAACCGGUCAUCCAGUCAACCACGUGACCUGAUUCAAAAAAUCCCGACUUUUGCGUGUCCCCACUAAUUACUUUGUAGCCGGACAUAUAAAAAAACUGUUCAUCGGCACUCAACCUUGUUAUUACUUGUUAGCUAUGCCCCAUGUUUCGUUUCAGUCACACUGAGACGCUACAUUAUUGGUGUAAACAGUGCGCCGUUAUGAAUUUCUACAUGCGGUUCUUUGCAACAAUAAGGCCACCAGCAUUGAAUAAAACCUGUAUUACUUGUUUCCGC